AUGCAUUUCUCCAAGCUCCUCCAAGUCCUCCUGGCCGCCGUCUCGGCCUAUGCCUAUGCGGCCGGCCGGGACGACCACUUCGCCGCCGUCCGCCUAGCAGCCAGACAAUCGUCGAACACCACCGCCCAAGAAACGACUUGUGCCCAGGCCUCCAUCCUAGCCCAGGGCAUCGCCCUGAACAUAGCCAACCAGCAGGCGCAGGUCUCCAUAGCCAACAAGAUGACGCUCAUCCUCACCGCCACCCCGCCUGUCGACCAGGCUGCCUGGGGCCAGGCACGCACCGCAAUGCUGCAGGUCCUCAACAACGGCGUCAGCAUCCGCAAGACGAACCAGGCCAUCAUGCCCGCCGGGAACGCCGCCACGCCGGGGCUGGGGGUCAUCGCGAAUGCGCAGAUGGCCGAGCUGAGCCUCGCGGGCAACCUGACCAUGACCGGCGUGGAUGAUGUCGAGGGUAACAUGCAGCGUGUCACUGUGUUGCAGUCGGACUUUUCGGGGGGAAUAAUGCAGAACAUGAAGAACAUGGCUGACGCAAUUGCGGCAUGCGGUUCUGCGGCGACUACUACACCGGCGACCGCUGCGGCUGUUGCUGCGUCGUCGGAUGCCUCUGCUACUGCUAGUGGAAGCAGCGUGACUCGUCGCAAGACGCGCUGA